AUGGCCAACAAAGAUGAUAAUCAAUCCACUAAUGAAGCUGUAAGAUCAACUCGUCGAAUGAAAAUAAAGUUGGAUCAUGUUAAAACGGAAGAUCCAGAACCUGAUCCCAUCGAGAAUUCAAGUAAAAGGAGAAGGACAGCUUCAGUUGAUGAUCCUCAUGGAAAUGAAGGAAUGUGGCGGGGGAAUGUUGUGGGACCAGAGGCAAAAGAGCUGCUACAGGCUGUUGAGAAGCAGUACCCCAACACAUUUCAAGGGGUCCAAAUUCGUGCAAAGCCUAUUUGGUUGAACAUUUUGAAAGAACUUCAUCUGGGCAUCAAAAGUUUCAUGGAAACAUCCGUGGAUGAACUGGUGGAGGAGAAGAUAACCGGUUUUCAAGAAGAUUUUGAAGAAUUCGAGAAGUUUGGAUUUGAUCUCUCGUGGGCCCGAAAGAGGUUAGACAUGGUUGACAGGCUGAAAUUCGGAAAAGAGCCUUUGCAAAAUGAGUUGAAUGCCUUAGAAGAAUCGUUAGAGCCAUUGAAGGAAAGGAUUAAAAGGCAUUUGAAACAGAUUAUGGAAGCUCAUGAUAUGUGGAAGAAGGCACAAUUAGAGUAUGAUAAUGUUAAAGAUGCUCGAGACAAGAAAGCACAAGAGGUGGAAUUGAAGUUUGGAGCUGAAUAUGAUCGAGUAUUGAAGGGUCAUCUUGGUUUUGGUAUGUUGCCAGGGUACUAG